GUCAACUUCGUAGUGUGCCAGCUCUUCGCCUUGCUCGCAGCCGUGUGCUUUCGGACCUACCUGCACUCCAGCGAAACCAGCUCUUUUAUAAGACACGUGGUCGCCACCCUGCUGGGCCUUUAUCUUGCCCUCUUUUGCUUUGGAUGGUACGCCCUACAUUUCCUUGUGCAAAGUGGGGUCUCCUACUGCAUCAUGGUCCUCAUGGGAGUGGAGAGCAUGCACAAGUACUGUUUCGUGUUCGCUCUGGGAUACCUGACAGUGUGCCAAAUCACUAGAGUGUACAUCUUUGACUAUGGACAGUACUCUGCUGACUUUUCAGGCCCAAUGAUGAUCAUUACCCAGAAGAUCACUAGUUUGGCUUACGAAAUUCACGAUGGAAUGUUCCGGAAGGAUGAAGAACUGACUCCAUCACAGAGGGGCUUAGCUGUAAGGCGCAUGCCAAGCCUACUGGAGUAUUUAAGUUACAAUUGUAACUUCAUGGGCAUCCUGGCAGGCCCACUCUGCUCUUACAAAGACUACAUCACUUUCAUUGAAGGCAGAUCAUACCAUGUGACACAACCGGACGAAAAUGGGAAGGAAGACGUGCAAUGUGAAAGAACAGAGCCGUCUCCAAAUAUUGCAGUUAUUCAGAAGCUCUUGGUCUGUGGACUUUCCUUAUUAUUUCACUUGACCAUCUCUACAACGUUACCUGUGGAGUACAACAUUGAUGAGCAUUUUCAAGCUACAGCCUCGUGGCCGACAAAGGUUACCUAUCUGUAUGUCUCUCUUUUGGCUGCCAGACCUAAAUACUAUUUCGCAUGGACAUUAGCUGACGCCAUCAAUAAUGCCGCAGGCUUCGGCUUCAGAGGAUAUGACAGAAAUGGAGAGGCUCGUUGGGACCUCAUUUCCAACCUGAGAAUUCAGCAAAUCGAGAUGUCAACAAGUUUCAAGAUGUUUCUUGAUAACUGGAAUAUUCAGACAGCUCUUUGGCUCAAAAGGGUGUGUUAUGAACGAGCCUCCUUCAGUCCCACCAUCCAGACGUUCAUUCUCUCUGCCAUUUGGCACGGGGUAUACCCAGGAUAUUACCUAACGUUCCUAACAGGGGUGUUAAUGACAUUAGCAGCACGAGCUAUAAGAAAAAACUUUAGACAUUACUUCAUCGACCCUCCCCAACUUAAGUUAUUUUAUGAUGUUAUAACGUGGAUAGUCACUCAAACAGCAAUAAGUUACACAGUUGUGCCAUUUGUACUUCUUUCUGUAAAACCGUCCCUCAUGUUUUACAGCUCCUGGUACUACUGUCUUCACGUGGCCAGCGUCUUAGUGUUGCUGCUGCUGCCGGUGGGAAGGACUUCCCGGGGAAGGAGCACGCACGAACAGGCCCAGCUCUCACGAUCCAAAAAGUUUGACGAAAUAGAGAAUUCUUUGGGACAGAACAGCUUUGCCACAACAAACAAUGUUUGCAGUCAGGACCGAGAUGUAGCCUCUAGACAUUCCUCACUGACACAGUGAGGGGCAGGCCCUCCAGGGCUGUUUUUGUAUGUCGACAGAAACCAAUCUUAGCACCUUGUCAGGGGGUUUGUGUUUAUGUGAAGGGAGAGUAGCUGGGGGAGCAGGGCAGUCCUAGAUAGGCAGUUUCCUGCGCACCAGAUUGGACAUGGUGUGGGGUAGCCCCUCCCAUGCCACGUCCCUGGGGGCCACGCCUUACACAAAAAUAUUUCCAUAUUUCAGUGGGCACUCACGACCUCAGCGUGUGCCCACAGGGUCACACGUGUGCCCUCUUGCUGAAUGUACGCUGUGUGUCCCAAGGUACUGAAGAGAGGGAGAAUCACCAUGUCGAUCUGGAUAACAGAGAGAUUAACUUUUCCAAAUGAAUGUCUUGCCUUAAACCCUCUACUUCCUAAAGCAUUGUUCCUAGAAAUGGUAUUUUCAAGUGUAACAUUGUGAGACACUAUUUCAAUAUUGAUGUUUUGUGCUGUAAAGAAAUUUAGGAGGAAUUUGAAACAGGAUAUUAAAGGUUACGGAUACUUUAAAAAUGCAAUAAACAUCUCAGUAUUUGAAGGGUUUUCUUAGAGUACCCCAAAUGGCUGCAGUAC